CAUUGUUAGCAGCCACGUCUCAUAGUCAGGUGCACAGACAUGAGUAACCCAGAUAGAUAAGUGUAUGUUUGUGUGUAGUGGAUGCUAUCUCGUGUCUCACUCCCUCAUGCUGAGGAAUAUGGCUGACAGCUCGGCUGGCUCUUUAGCGUCCAUUCCUUUACAUCCCAUGUUGCCGCAAAUAAGAGCGGCUAGCUAACGUCAAUGUUCAACUUCCUCUUUUCAUAACACUCGCUGGCUGAGUUUACUGUUAUUUUUCAGGCUGAAUUGAAGCUUCCACAUUCAGAGACAGCUGCUGCAGGACAGGACACAUCAGGACUUGAGGCGCUGGCAGCGUUCACUGUAAGACUGAGAGACUGAUCUAUUGGCGGACCAAUCAGAAGAUGGACUGACACUCAGAAGUGUCAUUGACCCCACCUCACCUCCCUCUUAUUGCCCACCUGUUGGGCCCCUGGGGGCCCUCAGGCAGUGGGCGCGAUGCCAGGCGGCAGGCAGAGUGCCAGGCACCCGCUGUGGCGCCUCCUGUCACCGUUCCGCACCCGCCAGGAGCGGGUGGUGCUGGCCCGCAGCGAGAGCCUGCCGGGGGAGCAGGUGCUGAAGAUCACAGUCACAGAGACUACGGUGAUCGAGGCUGAGUCAGGGGUGUGGAACUGGCGCUCCAUGACCUACCUGGGCCUCUGGUACUUCUUCAGCUUCUGCACCCUGUUCCUCAACAAAUACAUCCUGUCACUGCUGGAGGGGGAGCCCAGCAUGCUGGGUGCCGUUCAGAUGCUCUCCACCACCGUCAUAGGCUGCCUAAAGAUGUUUGUGCCCUGUUGCCUGUACCAGCACAAGUCCAGAACUGAGUACCCGCCCAACUUCAUCAUGAUCAUGCUGUUUGUGGGGCUCAUGAGAUUCACCACAGUGGUUCUGGGCUUGGUGAGCCUCAAGAAUGUGGCGGUGUCCUUCGCAGAGACGGUGAAGAGCUCAGCACCCAUCUUCACUGUCAUCAUGUCCAGGCUGAUCCUCGGGGAGUACACAGGGCUGUGGGUGAACCUGUCCCUGUUCCCCGUCAUGGCUGGCCUGGCCCUCUGCACAGCCACAGAGAUCAGCUUCAACAUGCUCGGCUUCUCCGCCGCUCUCUCCACCAACAUCAUGGACUGUUUACAGAACGUAUUCUCCAAAAAACUGCUGAGUGGAGACACAUACAGGUUCAGCCCUCCUGAGCUGCAGUUUUAUACCAGUGCAGCAGCAGUCAUCAUGCUUAUACCUGCCUGGGUGUUCCUCCUGGACAUCCCACUGAUCGGGAAGAGCGGGCGGAGCUUCAGCCUCAGUCAAGACAUCAUCCUGUUGCUGCUUUUCGACGGCGGCCUGUUCCACCUGCAGAGCGUCACUGCCUACGCUCUCAUGGGACGGAUUUCCCCGGUUACCUUCAGUGUGGCCAGUACUGUCAAACACGCCCUGUCGGUCUGGCUGAGCAUCAUCGUGUUCAGUAACCAGAUCACCAUCCUCAGCGCCGGCGGCACGAUCCUCGUCUUCAUCGGGGUCUUCUUGUACAACAAGGCCAGGCAGAUCCAGAGGGAAACCCUGCAGGCCAUGGCUGCUGAGCAGAACCACAAACCACUACUGCAGGACCAGGACUUCCAAGCCGCUCAGUCUCACUGAGGACUCAGCACUUCAGACUCAAACGCUACCUGAAACAGGAUCAAGGUAUUAGGACCUGUGGCUGUCAAAACAGGAUGACUGGAUGUUUGUUAGUUCUUCACCAUGCACACAUUCCAGUUAAAGAGAACACACCCAUGUUUUUGUUUUGUCCCACUUCUUGCCACUGUUGUCUUAAAGUUUAAAGAAGACUCAGCUGACUGGCUUGGUAAAGGUCAGUCUCCUGUGGAGCAGUAUGUACUGUGCAGUAUUCCUUGUCCCUAACCUGACCACUUACACUUCAGUCAUCCUCGAUCCUUGGCUUCGUUGAAUAUCGGUCAGUAAAAGGAGAAGCUCAGGGUGUCCUUCAGCUUUUUGAAGGUAGUGACUUCUGUAAGCUUUUUAACUUACAUUUGCAUUCCAGUGUACUGGUUUAUCUCUCAUCUGUGGUACAGCAGCUGCUGCAUUUAUGCGAUUGUGAAUAUCUGUAAAGCAUUGAAGCUGUAAGGUUUUAAUUUUGUGGUGGUGUAACCUACACUGUAUGAUACAAUGUAAAAAUUAUCUUGAUUGCAUCUGAACAUAAGAUGUGAAUGGGGCACCAGUGCCUGAGAUGGGAGACUGAUCCAGCCAAAGCUUAGACGGGCCAUUUGACACAUUUUUGAAAGGAUGCGUGGAACAUCUGAAAGCCACAUACUGCAUUCUAGGAAUGCUCAUCGUCUAUUGUGAAGUGUAGCAAACGUAUGUCUGGGGUUUCUGAAAUUUCUUUGUGUUUUUCUUUAUGAACUGAUGCUGGUAUAGCAGCCCUGGCAACAGAAGAGGGGCCUUAGAGAAUGGAUGGAUGGAUGGAGGAGCUGCUGCUGCAUGUUGCACAUUCAUAAUCUUUAAGAUAAACGUUUAUUACAACUUGGUUUUAAUUUUUGUAACUGGGCUGAUGAUCACACACGGCCAAUUUUAGAAGGCAAACUGUCUGAAAACAUCCACGACAGUUUACAAACCAACUUCCUGGUUCAUCUUUGACCUGCCGUACUUACUGUACUGUAGUUGAUUGCACUCAGUUUCCCUGUGCAGUGGGGGGGAUUAUUAGCAGCCCCUGCUCACUCAUCGUGUAAAUCUCUGGUGAUUGCAUUGUUAUCAUAGACAGCAGAGCCAAUGGCCCAAACAACAAAAGACAAACCCAACUUGUAAUAAACCAGUUUUCCUUUAAUCAAAAAAGCCUUAUGGCACAUGGAUCAAACUCCUGUUAGUGUACACUGGUAGGUUUCAAUGUUAAACCUUUACCACUGGUGAAAGAGUCAUCUCUGUGAGCCAUCCUGUGGGUGUAGCUGCUUUUAAACCAGCUGUUUGUGAUCAGAGCAAUGACGACACAUUCACGUGCAAUAAGCUCCUUUUCUUUCCUCAUUGAGUAUCAUCUCGGCUUCUGUGGUGAACAUGAAGCUUCUUCCACAGAUGCCUUCCUGUCAUAGUUGACAUAUUGCCAAAAACAGCUCAAAGGUGCCAAUAAUCUGACAUGCGCGUGAAUCUGACUCUCAGCGCACGGCUUCAGCCACACGGCCUCUGCUCCAGUAUGGGUCAUGGCUUCUCAGUUUUCCUGAGGUUAGUGAUGAACAGUCCAUUAGGUGUCUGAUAGCAGUAGUCAGUGUUAAUCAUUGUCAGUGUGACAGUUAAAGGUAUACUAACAAAACAACAUACAGACUCAUAGCACAGUACUCUCUCUCACUCUCAUCACUAAUGACCCACUAGGAGUGUGAGGUGGUGUGUUUAUCUGCAGACUCUGCCCUCCGCCUGUAUUUUCUCUUGUUGCUGUGUUCAGGAGGUUUUGGGCUGCAGCCUUUGGGCAGUGGGUGUGCAGCCCCCAGCCAAUAACGGCGCACAGGUGAGGUCGUGACUUCAUAACAAUUAGCGACCAGGUGCCUGAUUGUAAGCAGCGUGCACCAAAGAGGACGCUCUGAAGAUGUCUCACAGUAUAGAAAACUUUACUUUCACAGACAAUCCCUGCAUAGUCUGCCUUUUUUAACCUUUAUUAGUGAUUCUCUUUUUUUGCUGCCUUUUUUGUGCCUCAAGAAGCAGGUUUUGUUUUCUGACAUGUUGUGUCCACACUUACGCAUCUGUUUUGAAUUUGACCAUAAGGGUUGUCUGAGUUGAACACAUUUUCCUUUGUAUUUGCAUUAUAAACAUGCUCAUUCUUCCUGGUUAUUUCCUGACAUUGUUUGAGGAUUUAGUUCUCAGUAAAGUGCUUAUAAAAAAAAAACAAAACAGGUGUGGGUUUAAAUUUAGUAUUGAUACCCUACUAAUACAUCUUUAAUCUUCCAAAUGAAGUCUUUGGAAUACUGCUUCAAGAGCCAUGCAACAACAUGCAGAGUCUUUAUGUGUUUUUGUAUCAUUAGAGGUUCAUAAGUGAAAGUGUUCAGAUAGAAAAGAGCAGCUGUGACCUGCGCAUCUGGGAGCAAAUCAGAGGUGUAAAAAUGUUCCCCAAUGUGACUCUUUUGUGAGGAUGUACUGAUGAUUGAUGGACGCUGUGCAGAAAAUUAAAGUAUUUUCUCUUCAGCACUUUGUGUACACAGUGAGUUUAUCAGAACUGGACUGAUGUUUGACAUUGCACGCAACAACUGUGUGAAACACUACAUGGAUGAAACGUGGAUGCUGUCAGUGAAAAGCAGAUUAAAACUGCUCACAGCUUCGAUCUCAAAGCAACAGACACAGGAUCUCAUUUCUAGGAUGAACAGACGUACAAAAGGUACCAGAGUUACAGAGAAGACAGAAGCAGCAGCAGAUUGAAAUGACACAGACUGAUAAUUCACAAUGAGUUCAUUCUAAAGAUGUGGAGAUUUUUACCCAUUUUUGAAUUCCAAAGUGCACACACAGUAAUAUUCCACCCAUUUUGUAUACACUCAGUUUGUUUAUAUGUUGUCUUCAGGUACAAUAUCUAGGGGGUCUUUUAUUAGAAUGACUCAUCAUUCUAAUAACAGAAUGAAAUCUACACUUUUAUAUUCUUAUAUGUAGUGUUUAUUAGGAAAUCACUUUGUGUGCCCAACUGAUACACUGCUUUGAAAUAAAAAAAACCCACAGCGUAAACAAUAUGAAUGUAUGCAAUAA